ACUCCUUCACCUUAUAGAUCUUCCAAGUCUCUCUUCCAAAUUAGUACAUCAUUCCAAAGAUGGCUUCCGGCUACGAAGUAGAGCUCACGAUUUCUUCCGCCAAAGACCUCAAAAACGUGAAUUGGCGCCACGGAGAGCUGAAACCCUACGCCGUGGUUUGGGUGGAUCCAAACAACAAAUGCUCUACCCACGUGGACGAAUACGGUGACGACUCGCCCACGUGGGAUGAGACGCUCUCAAUCCCGCUACGGGGCCCGGUCGAGGACUCGACCCUCUUCGUGGACGUUAUCCAUGUUAAGGCGGACGAGGACGUUAAGCCUUUGAUCGGGUCCGCGAAACUCCCACUUAGGGAGGUCCUCGAUGACGUGGGGCUCGGUGCGCCGUCCGUUCAUAAGUUGAAACUCAAGCGCCCCUCGGGUAGGCCUCAAGGAAAAUUAGAAGUCAAAGUCACGAUCCGCCCGCCCCGAUACCAAGCACCCGACCCAUAUCACGCCCCCGCGCCAUACGGGUACGGGGUCCCUCCACCGCAGUCGAGAGACUACGGCGCACCUCAGCAGUACAAUUACCCAUAUGCCCCUUCCGCCCAACCCCAAUACUACCAAAGCGUCCCACAAGCAGGGUACGGUUACAAUCAGCAGUCUUACGAUCAGAGUCAGUAUGGGAGUGGCGGGUCGUACGGGUACGGGUCUUCGGAGAAGCCGAAGGAGAAGAGCAAGUUUGGGGUCGGGACCGGAGUGGCUGUUGGCGCUGUAGCCGGAGUUUUGGGUGGACUUGCGAUUGCUGAAGGAGUGGAUUACUUGGAGGACAAGGUAGCUGAUGACGCGGCGGAGAAAGUGGAGGAGGAUCUCGGCUAUGACGAUUUCGGUGAUGAUGAUUGAAACUGAUGAUCGAACAAAAGGAGUCAUAUAUAGGCUUCUGCAUGUGUGUCUUCUUUGCUUUCUCCCUCUUUUAUGUAUUGGUUAUGUGAUACCAUUACUUCUACUGGUUGCUAUAAGCGAUCGGGUA